AUGGAUAAAGAAGAGGUAGUAACAAUAAUUCGAUCAAUAAUAAGUUCAAGUCAAGCUCCUUUAAAAAUUUCACAAAUUAAUAAUGAUUUUAAGAAACAUACGGGAAUUAGCAUACCUUUUUUUGAGUUUAAAAACUUAGUUGAAUUUUUUCAAUCUAUACCAGAAACUGUAAAGUUGACAGGGAAUCCUACCGAUUAUUACGUUGGACUCGUAAUUAGCAAAAAAUCAGCUCAUAUUGUUUCACUUGUCGAAAAGCAGAAAAAAAAUAGGAAAACAACCAAAUUUGAUUCUUUUAAGUAUGUUAAACCUUGUUCUUUAACCUCAAGGAAAUUUGAAAAUAGGUAUGUAGGUAUUAUUGUAAUAACAAAAUUUAUUCGGUAA